AUGGAUGGAAGAAAAUUAAUUUUUUGUAUGGUAUUGGUCUUCAGUCUGGGAAUUGGUGGGGACAGGAGUGUCAGGGCUCAAAACUCACAAAAUUAUAAUGAAUGUUUCACACCAAAUAUUCAUAACUUCAUUUGCACUAACAUUAUGGAAUGUCCAGUGCUACUUAAUCUAGUAGAAUAUCACAGACAAAAUUCUUCUAUCGUCACUUUUCUCAGAAACCAAGUAUGUGGACAUGAAAUUGAUUUUCCUUAUUACCCCAAGGUAUGCUGUCCAUUUUCGAAUGAAUCUGAUUCUAAAGCAAUUUACGAAACAGUUUCGUCAAGAAAAUUGCCAUCUCAAGACACUUGUGGACGGAGCAAAAUUACUCACGAUCCAAUUGAAGGAGGAAAACCUGCUGAAUUAGGUGCUUGGCCCUGGAUUGCAGCACUUGGGUAUAAACAUCUUAAUAAGGAAAAUCCGGAAUACAAGUGGAUGUGUGCUGGUUCCUUGAUAUCAGAUAGAUUCGUAUUAACAGCUGCCCACUGCACCAUCGGUAUUGGAAUGUACCGUUUGCAGGGUGUGCGUUUAGGUGAUUUGAACUUAAAUCCUAAUGUAAAAGAUGGAUCUAAUCCAAUAGAUGUUCCAAUUUCACUUGUCAUAAGACAUAAUCAAUAUAAUAUACAACAUAUGACCAGUGAUAUUGCAUUAUUAAAAUUAAACGACAGUGUUUCAUUCAGUCAAUUUAUUCAACCUAUAUGUUUGCCAAUCUUAUCGAAUCAUAGAGCCAACAAUUUCGUUGAAUCUGACACAUAUCUUGCAGGAUGGGGUUCGACGAUGAUAAAUCCAAGUUCUGAUGCUCUAAUGGAAGUUCAAUUACAAGUGGUAAACAAUUCGGAAUGUCAACAAAGAUAUCUUAACAAUAGUAUCGAUAUCGAUGAUACACAUUUGUGUGCUGGAAUAUUUGGAACAGAUGUUUGUAGGGGAGAUUCUGGAGGUCCCUUAAUGUGGCAAAAUGGUUCUCAAUAUUAUUUAGUGGGGGUCGUGAGUUUCGAACAUACUAACUGUGGUAGAGAAAGUUACCCAGGUGUAUAUACUAGGGUGACAUCAUUUGUCCAAUGGAUCGAAGAUACCAUGAAUUACAAUUAA